AUGAAUAAGACAAAUUUAUUGUUAAAUUAUAGUCAUGAUAUAUUCUAUUCUAUUGCUAUUGCUUCAAUGGUAAUUAGUAUUAUAUCAACACUUACUAUUCUUAUCUCUGUACCAUAUUUAAAUGUUAAAUUAAAUAAAGAUGCAUUUUUAAUUGAAGAAAAUAGUUUAAAAUUUAAAGAAAAUUCAGAUAAGAUAUGGAAUUAUUUGUCAGGAAGACAAUUUGAGGAGAUAGAUGAUCCUUCUAUACAUAAACAGGGUAUUCUAUUUUUUUCUAGAAAACAACGUUCACCUGUUUUUGAGACAACUACAUGUAAUGGUUGUGCUUCCUUAUCCUGUCCAAGUGCUGGUCCUCCAGGAUUAGCUGGAGAUCCAGGACUUGAUGGAGCUCCUGGAGCUAGUGGUAAUACAGGUGCACCAGGAAAAGAUGGUUAUGAUAUUGAGGCAACAUUUGAAGAUGAACUUCCUUGUACAAUAUGUCCAGCUGGUCCACCAGGUAAUAGAGGUUUUCAAGGUGAAAGAGGAGCACCAGGAUUAGCAGGAGCAGUUGGUGAACCAGGUGAAGCAGGAUCACCAGGACUUGAAGGGAUAUCUGGAAAACAAGGUCCACCAGGAGUAAAAGGUAUUCCUGGUUUCUCAGGUCCUAAAGGACAACCAGGUGAUACUGUUAUUAGUGGUGUUGGUAUUAAAGGACCUAAGGGACCACCAGGACCAAAUGGAUUAAAAGGUCCACCUGGAUUACGUGGUAAAAAUUCUAAUAUACCAGGAUUACCAGGAAAUCCUGGAGCAACAGGAGCUAUGGGAUUAUCUGGUUUACCAGGAAAAAUGGGAGGUAUUGGAGAUUAUGGUAUGCCAGGUGAACCAGGUGUACCAGGAACUUAUUGUGCCUCUGAUUGUGGUGUUAGUCAAAUACUUGCACCAGAUAUGCGAAUAACUAAUGGAAAUAUAAACAAACAAAUAAACAUUCAACCAUCAGGUUCUAUCUAUGAACAAAAACAAGAUAAUGAAGAAAUGCCAUAUUAUUUUAGAAAAUCAUGGUAA